UUACACCCCUCUGUACGAGCUGCCCCCAAACGGACGCUUAGGAUCGCUCGCUGGCCCUGCCACAACGCACCGCGGGCAUUUCAUUGUCCAUCACCCGGAAGUUCUGAACCGUUCUCUCUUCUCCUUCGCUGCUCAACUAGUAGUAUCCCCAAUCUCUAUCUCACCAUUCUUCCCCUUCAAUGCAAUCAAAACAGUGCCAAUGAGCAUCUAUCUUCCGCUUUCUACCGCAGAUAUCCCCCUAAACUGGAGGUGGAAUUCGGACAGUAGAACCAUGAAGUAGAAUAAGUCGAGGAGUGGAUGAGGAUGAGCUCUUUGUAGAGUUCCUACGUCCUCCUACCCCGAAUGGGAACUAGGGUUCCGAUAUCGCACCCCUACGGUCUAAGACCCGCCAGCUCGUUCAUUGGCGGAUCCUUGCAUGACCUAAACUCCGUGGAGACGCGCAGCGGCGAGAUCGAGGGGAUCAGCGACGUCGAUCGCGAUGCUGUCACUGAAGAGAGCCUUGACAACGACGAAGAGUCCACUUCGGUGGACUGCAUACAUGAUUCAUAUAGGAGUUCAUUGCAACCUCUCCAUGAUGAAGAGCAAUCUGCUCUUGAGAGUGAUGGCAGGCCCUCCACUCCCAGUUAUAACAUUCUGACAGUGGAUGAUGUUUUACCAAUUGAGGCUACAAGGGCGAGAUUCUUGCAAAUUAUUGUUGACCAUUUUGUCAAAGAGAACAUGGUAGAAGUGGCCGACACUUCUGAUGCUGACUAUGGCCAUGGCCAUGAUAAGCACAAAAUAAAGCUUCAUGAAGUUAGUUAUGAAGGUGAUCCAAGGUUUGUGUUGCCCCUCAUGUACGUGGCAAAUUUGUAUGAGACCUUGGUUAAUGAGGUGAACAUUCGCCUUUCUUCUUUGGCGGGGAUCCGUGAGAAGACAAUUGGGGUAGCUCUUGAAGCAGCUGGUGGAUUGUACAGAAAACUUGCCAAAAAAUUUCCUAGAAAAGGAUCUUGUAGCUUUAAGAGAAGAGAAUUGGCCACUUCUCUUGAGACGAGGACAAGAUUUCCUGAGCUGGUUGUACAGGAGGAGAAACGUGUUCGUUUUGUCGUUGUGAAUGGGUUGAUGAUAAUCGAGAAGCCAGACAGCAUGCCACCGGAAGAUGCUAACUGGUUUAAGCGUUUGACUGGCAGGAAUGAGGUGUCUAUCUCAGCUAGAGACUAUAAGUUUUACUCACCACGCCAUAAAUAUAGACGGAUUCAAUCACAAUCCAUCUCUAAUAUCAGUCUUGGGGCAUUUUCAGCAACCGACAGUUCUUGUCCAUUAACUAAUGCCUCAGGUUUCCGUCUGGUAAAUGAGCACCAAGGUCAGCUGCAGCUUUCAUCUAAACAUCACAUACAACAACUGCAACACCCAACUCAAUUUAGUACUCUACCGCAAGGACAUCAUCCAACAAUGCAACAAAGCCAACUAGCACCACACUUCCCUCACAUGCAUCAAUGUACGCACUCAUCUCAUAUGCCUGAUAUUGUUCAUCAACAUCUACCGCCUGCCAUGCCUCAACAUAUGCCCUGCAUGCAAUCACUUCCUGGUGUUCAUGUAGGCGGCCGUUUACACUUACUGGCAGAACAAUGGCAAGAUAUGCCUAACUUGUUUUGGCACCCUUGCUAUGAACUGUCAACCAAUUUCAGUGCCCACAAGUCCCGCAAAGUUUUGUGAUGAAUGUGGAGCGCCUUAUUUGAGAGAGACCUCAAAGUUCUGCUCUGAAUGCGGUACUAAAAGAUUAGGGACAUAAAUUAUAUUAAAAUGCUGUACUUAGUCUUUAAUGUCACAAAUUAAUAAGAAAUGCAGCAUCUUUCAAAAACACUUGGGAUUAAAUCCCCUUAGAAAUGGUCAGGAAUGCUGGAUGUGACCCUGUGGUGUAUACUGCGCACAAGUUAUACUCUGUUCUUAAAUUAUUGCAUGCAAAGAAACACUUCAGGAGUGCUAUUCUAA